AUGAGCACAACCGGAGAUUACGACGCCGUCCGACGCGACAUCGUCGGACAACUGAAGAAGCCCAAUUACGAUGACGGCAGCGCAGGCCCCGUCUUCGUCCGUCUUGCGUGGCACUCCUCCGGAACAUACGACGCUGCAAGCGACACCGGCGGCUCCAACGGCGCUGGCAUGCGAUAUGAAGGCGAAGGUGGCGAUCCCGCAAACGCCGGUCUCCAGCACGGCCGGGCCUUCCUCGAGCCCGUAAAGAAGAAUCAUCCCUGGAUCACAUACAGCGACCUGUGGACGCUCGCGGGCGUCGUCGCAAUCGAAGAGAUGGGCGGGCCCAAAGUCGCCUGGCAACCCGGCCGGACCGACUAUGUCGACGACUCCAAGAUUCCUCCGCGCGGGCGAUUACCCGACGGCGCUCUGGGCGCCGAGCAUCUCCGCUUUAUCUUCUACCGUAUGGGCUUCAACGACCAGGAAAUUGUAUGCUUGACGGGCGGACAUAAUCUGGGCCGGUGCCAUUCAGAUCGGUCGGGGUUCCACGGUCCCUGGGUGAACAACCCGACGCGGUUCUCGAACCAGUUUUUCAAGCUGCUGUUGACGAUGGAGUGGAAGCCGAAGACGUUGGAGAACGGUGUCAGUCAGUUUGUGUAUGUUGAUCCCGAGGCGGAGGACGACGAGGAGCCGCUUAUGAUGCUGCCGACCGAUGUUGCUUUGAGGGAUGACCCUGCGUUCCGGCCUUGGGUAGAGCGGUAUGCGAAGGAUAAAGAGCUGUUCUUUGAUCACUUUGCGAAGGUGUUCGCGAAGUUGAUCGAGCUGGGAAUCAAGAGAGACGAGACCGGGAAGAUCACAAACACAGAUAACGUCAAGGGAGGUUAUAUCUCUGCGCCGAAGAAGAGCGAUGAACCAACUGGGCCUCCACGUCCGCAUACAGCUCAGCGGGCUGCUAAGCUGUAG